UUUGAGAUAUUGCUUCUGUGAUACACCAGGUAAAGAGAAGGGAACUACGCACUGAACACUGAUAGCUCAUCAAUCAUCUGAUUUCCUUAGAACCAAGAAUUUCUAUGAUGUCACGUGACCUAAGCUAUAUCCACGUGCCCCACUUGUGCCCAAUGGACCCAGGCCUCCUCCACCAGUAUCUUGAUAUACGUGCCGAAGAGCAUGCUGGGACAGAAGCCAUUGUGAUGUACGAUAUGCAAAUGAAUCGAUCGGCCAUGACAUACGGAGAGUGGAAAAACAGGUCAAUGUCUCUCGCCGCUUCUCUCCUCGAGCUAGGCGUGUCACGUGGACAACCCGUGCUUCUAAUCGGAGGGAACACCCUCGAGUACAUUGUGUUUCUCAUGGCACUACAUCGCAUCGGUGCUCUAGCGAUCCUGCUAGGUCCCGGGGAUCUCACACCUGCUGUCAUCGCCCUGCUAAAGACCCUCGGUUGUACAACUAUUGCAUUUAAUCCAGAGAUGAAGGGGUCCCAAGAAAAACAGCUGUGGGCCGGCCUUAAAGAACUAGCUCUUACGGACGCCAUCCUCAUCUCCAUUAGACAGUCCACCUGUCCACCAUCCUUGAAGAUCGAUCCCGAGAUUUACUCGUAUCAGGACCUUCUGAAGCGAGGAGAGUCGCUAGGAAUGGAAGACGUCUUGAUCGCACAGGCCCAUGUAAAAAGCGAUGACCCUAUUGUUGCAUCUGGAACCUCUGGUACAACAGGGAACCCCAAAUUAGUCCAACUUACCUCACAUGCUAUUGUGAACUUGCAGGGCGGUGUUUCCUUCAAGGUGAGUAACAGGAAGAUAACCAGUUUUGUGGCUCGUCCCAUCCCUUGGAUAGGCGGUUUGAUAUCCUUGUUUAAAGGUCUGUAUUCAGAAUCAACUAUAGUUUGGAUUCCCACUGAAAUCGGACUGUCCGAGAAGACCCAAGAAGUGGUGUGUGAAGUAAUUCAAAAUGAGAGUUGUAACACAUGGGCCCCUAACCAUUUGUUCCUCCCAAAGCUCAAGGCAUUGCAGACUAAGUAUGACCUCAGCAGUGUUAGGCUUUUAGUUUUAACAGGAAGACGACAUACCCCUGAAGAGAUGUUCUUAGUGUCUGAAGCGUUCCCAAAUGCCAACAUCAUACAUGCGUAUGGUUCAUCCGAAUCAAUGAAAAUCGGCAUGCGAUUUCAGAACAGGGAGACAAUCAAAGAUAAGUCAUCCGUUACCAAAUUACUGACAUGCCCUGGCGUCGAAGUCAAGAUAGUUGAUGCCAACAAUAAGGUCGUUCCUAGGGGUGAACCAGGAGAAAUUUGCUGCAGAAGUGAGUGUGUUUUCUUGGGCUAUUUAGGAAACCUGGAGGCAACAUCUCGAGCGAAGUCGCCACAAGGGUGGCUACACACUGAGGAUUUAGGGACCAUGGACGACCAAGGCAUGAUUGAGGUGAUCGGACGCACGUCAGAGAUCAUCAAACGAGCGACUGUCAAGAUAUUCCCAGGCGAGAUCAAGGCAGAGCUUCUAAAGAACCCACUCGUUGCCGACGCCAUUGUCAUCGGUGUCCCUGACCAGCGGUUGCACGAAGAAAUUUGCGCAUGCGUUGUGUUUCGAAAGAGUGGAAGUGAUGGGCUGUCUUUGGAUGCGCUAGCUGAUUGGUGCAACGAGAAGUGGCCGGCGCGAGCCGAUGGUUUGAGCUUGAAGCCGAAGUACUUUGUAGUGUACGAUGAGUUUCCGAUGACACGAAGUGCGAAGAUUGAUUUGAAAGAAGUCAAGAAAAUUGCUCUGGCAAAGCUGGGACUUGGAGAGAAAUGAAGGAUCGAUUCACAGUACAGCUGAAGCACCAUCCAGAAAAGACCAACUGCUAUCCCUUAUGGGGUGUUGAAGGAUUUUUCCAGUUCUGCUAUCUCCUAGUGUAUAAAAUUCGACCAGCUGCUAAUCUUUGGGGGUGUUUAACAGUUUUUCCGAUUCUGCUAUCUCUAAGGAUUAAAAAUUCCUUCUACCACACCCAAUUUGCUAUCUCUUAGGCAAGAAUUUCUGUUGACCACACCCAAAGUGCUAUCCAUUAGGGUUAAAAUUGAUUUUGUCGACGAUCAUCUCCGUCUGUUUUUAUCUGAGUUUCCCCUCCGGAGUGCCACUCUUUAAGAAACUCGUUAUUAAGGACAGUUUUAAGGUCUUGACACGCAGUGUCCCACAUUGAAUUAACCUGAUUGACAAGGACAACCGUUUGAUUUUUUUUAAUAUCAAUUAGGGAAAUAUGUUCGUUUUAUCGAGGGUUGGUUUUAUUAUAUUAUUUUCAGGUUCUGUUCCAUACAUUUUACUGUAAUUUUGGCCUGGCUGAAAGAAGGAAAUCGUUCGCUAUACCGACGACUUGGUUAUGUAGUGUGCUUACGCAUUUAAUGGUGUGUUAAAGACAGUUGCUGCGAUACUAAUGAUCAGACAAACUGAUUUCCUAGAAACCGGUUUCCACAAAUGACAAACAACCUCUUUAGCAAAUCUUUUUUUCUCUUAGGUAUCUUGUUCCAACCUGCAGGAGGUUUUGUCACAUUAAAUAAAGAGUUAAGCAACCCAUGCUAUGCCGAUCCUAGGUGACCCAAGGAGUAUGGGAGCUAAGUAAAUUUUAGGGGGUUUAUACCCCCCUCCCCCUUUUUCCCCCUAUAAAAUGCGUCCUUUUCUUAUGAAACAUCCAUUUGUAAUCUUGAGACAUUGUAUAUGCCACUACAUAAAAGAAAACUACGCCCCAAAUAUUUUUUCUUCCCUUUUCAUUGUCCAUGUUCGGAGUAGUUGGCGUGAAAUCCAUGCAGGUGCGUUCCCACGAUUGGCCGAGGGGGGGGGGGGGGGGUGCGCAGUUAGGUAUCAUAUGGAAAAAGCAUUCCGUUGGUAAGAAAAGAGCCACUUUUUGGCCGCCAAGGGGGAAGGGGGUGCGCGCUAGGCCUUUCCAUUUCCACUAUUUUAGCGCAAUUUGGGUUUGGGAGCACUACUUUGAUCAGAGAGCACUUUUUGGGUAAACAAGUCAACUUCUAGCUUUUUUAACCCAAGUUACUAGAUUUUGUUGUCUUAUAUAGACAUUUCUAGUUUCCUUAACUACAAAUAACAUUAUCUCAACUAGGCUAAGACUGUAAGACUGGUGAUUUCGACAUUUUAAUAGGUAGGCUGUGCUUUGGUAACCACAAAUAUUGGGUAGCCUGUGGAGUUCAUUACAAAAAUAGAAUGCCUUAUCUACAAGAUCUGUUUGCCAUGUUUUCCUGUUUUACAUCUUUACAUCAUUUGUAAUUAUUUUUCGUUAGGAGAUUGUUAUAAUAAAGAUUUUGUUAUCAGGUUUGACAUUGGUGAUGUUUGUAAAUAAACAUUGUUAUUUAGAAGUAUCCAAAUAACAAAGGUAAACAAACACAUAAGAGAACAAAGUCAUUUAUAAUACAGUUAGUUGUUAUACACAUAAAGUGUGAUUUACCCGUUCAUGGACAACAAUAUAAGAUAUACUCUAAUGCAUGUAUUUAAUAAAAGCAAUAUUCUUUCAUUUUAUUCAAAUUUUAAUAAAACACAACUUAUUUCUAAAAAAAUGUAAAAAUAUUCGGUAAUUUUCUUUUCGCCAAUGAGCACUAUUUGAGAACUAUUUUGAUUUUGGAGCACUUUUUAAGCACGUUUUGGGUGAUUUUGGGAGCAUUUUUCUGGCUUUUUGGGAGCACUAUCUGGAAACGCCUAGUGCGCGCACCCUUCGAACCCCUGCAAUGUGAGUUGCUUACAACGCUGUUUUCGAGAAUUAUCAGGAGAUGACCAGUUGGGGCGUGGCUGUGCCGCACAGUAUUUUCUUAACGUUUCAAUGUCGUGCCCCCAACCCACCCCCCCCCCCCCCAAAAAAAAAAAUCGAGGCCUGCUACGGCUAUGUCAGUUCAUAACUGAUUUGUGUGAAAUGUGAUACGAAUAUUAGAUAUGUGGCUAUGAACGGACAGGCUUAUUUGUAAGUUGUCGUUUAUUUAUUUCGAAGAGAACCUGGACUGUCAGUAGAUCAGAACUUGAUCAAACAGACUAAAGAAAAAAGUUGAAAGUGGCAUAGGAUGAAGUUUUCUUCUACUGUUUGCUGCAAUAUUUAUUAAAUCGAAACAUUGUGGUUGUAGAACCGCUUUAAAUUGCGUGCGCGCUUGAUGGUUCCGUGUAGUGCGGAAGCAAACAAAAGUCAAAAAGUGAUAGUGGAAAACCACGAAGUUCUAAACGUCAAUGGUGCUUUCGGCCGUGAGAUACAAAUAUUUUUGGGUCUCCGUAGAGAGCUAAAAAUUGCACGUUUGUGAGUGUCAUCUCUCGCUAAGAAAAGUGCUUGAAUUGCAGCUUCUCUUUGCCUUAUCAUUUCAAAGUCAAAACCAUUCCCGGUACCCCCUAUUUGCUAAGGACUGUCAAUGGUAUGGUUCUGUAGUUUUCUAGUUCUUUUGUUUUUCCGUGAGAGGUGGGGCACACUUGUAUUUCUUAGCGUAUAUAUAUGAUAUUUAAUAUACAACACCCCCCCUCAGAUGUUUGGCUUAAAAAUAACGAGAAAUAUAAGAGAGUAAUAACAUAUUAAUAAAAAACCCAGAAGGCCCAACGGACAAGGUUCUGGAUCAAAGGAUACAAGAGCCUACACUUAAGAAGGCGCCAAUAAAAAAUAAAUAAAUAAAAACGGCAUAGCAUU